AUGGCUGGUGAUGGAUCGGCCAGGGGUAAUAGUAGUCUUUAUAAGGUAAUAUAUAGGAAGAAAGAAGAGUCUUUUUCUAAUAAAAACUUUAAGAACUCUAAAAAAAAUAGUAGAGGAGGUAGUAGAGGUAGUAGUAAAAGUAAUAAUAAUAUAAGUAGUAGUAGUAGUAGUAAAGGUAGUAGUAGAAAUAAUAAUAAAAAUAAAAAUAAAAGUAGUAGUAGAAAUAAAGAUCUUAGCUUACUUAAAGAAGAUAAAAAUCUUACUAAAGAAGAUAAAGAGGUAAUAGAAGAAGCUAAAAAUAUUAAAAAUCCUAAUACUCUAAUAUCUUAA